ACGCGGCAGAGCUGGACCAGAGCCGCAGAUGUGCCGGGUGUGGAGCCACUGCCUCCCUUCCCAAUGGAACGAAACGCUGCCCUGAGGUCCCUACUGCUGUUCCUGUGUGUGGGAUCCGGGGUGUCCGUGGAGCAAACGACUGUGACGUCAGGGAACAGUUCACAUGAAUUCUCAGAUCAAGAUUCUCUGGAGAGAAAUGGUCAACAUUACCAAGGUGGCAUGAGGCCAGAAGUGAAUGUCAGUCAAGUGGCAAUUGCACAGGUUGUCAGUCACAACUUCAGCAGGGAAGGGCAGUGGGAAGGAGCAUUCUGGAGGCAGUUCUCCCACAGCCACCACAACCCACUCAACGUCAUGGUCAAUGGCAUCCCCUGCAUCCUCUUCUGGGCCAAGAGGAUCAUGAUCAGGCUUGAAAACCACACUCAGCUGGACUUGACAGAGAAGACAUUUGGUGUCCAUGCAACGGUGGAUGUUGGAGACUCGAACUGCAGUGAAGACAGUGCAAUGCUUUCUCUGAAGUUUGGGGACAUUGGCAAUCUAAAGGGACUAGUUAUCAGGUUAUUGCUGACCACCAGCUAUUACCAGCUGUCUGUUCAGAACUGGUUCAGCCUGCACAGGCUGCAGCUGCUCUACAACCACUCAGUGCAGGCGACGUUCAAUGUGACCCGAAUCCACGCACCAGCAACUUACUCAUACCACUGUGACCACGUGAGCAGCCUGCAGAGAUACGAUGCUCUCCUCAUUCCCAGCUCUGAAAAUGACCUCUCACAGCUCUGGGAAGUCACUUUUAUUGAUUUCCAGAUCCAAGGUUUUAACAUCCAGGAAGGACGUUUUGCCUAUGCAAAGGACUGUGCAUCCUUCUUCUCUCCAGCAAUUCUGAUGGGGCUGGUCAUGUCCCUGAUCUUGCUGCUGGUCCUUGCCUAUGCCCUUCACAUGCUGAUCCACCUCAAAUCCCUUGACAGGCACUAUGAGUGCAAAGCUUCUCCUGCCUAUUUUGCACAGAUGAAAGACAACGACAUGGGAGAUGAGAAGGAGCCACUGAGAAACAGUGGGAGUGAGUCCUAUGAACUUAGAAACAAGCAGUUUGGUAAAAUCUAUAUUUAGCAAUGUGCAUCUCAGUGAAAGAAGAGGUAUUUUAUUCUACUGGCACUGUUGUGUGUAGUUGGUACAGGUCUUUCACCAGAUAAUGAAAGGAAAAGUAAGUAACAGACUGUUCAACCGUUUAUUGAUCGAUCAUCAUCUCGAAGACGCCUUGGGAAGCAAGUUGAGAUAAAAAAAAUUCCAUUGUGAAUAAGAUAUUCAUGUUAGACUAAGAGAUUCAUGUUAUGGGACUUUAUUCCUGUAGGAAAAAGCCAAAAUGCAUAGCUUUUCAUCCUGCUUACAAUGUCUUGAAGAGAGAAUCAAAAAUGAAUACUCUGAAAUCAAAUAAAGAUACUAUAUAUAUAUAGUUAGGUAUAGAUAUAAAUCUCUUUGCUUGUCUUUCAGAAGGCAAGAUAUUUCCUCAUUUUAUAUUUCCUCUGUGUCUUGGCAAAAUAUCAUAAAUUUAUUUCUCAGGAUGUGCUUUCUUUUUAUUUUUCAAGUUGCGUCCCCUCCUCUUUGUCCUCAUAAACUCCUUUUCCUACUUUGGAGUCUUCAGAGCCACGUAAGCUGUUUUUUUAUCCACAGUCAUGGAUCCAGUACAGCAGCAUCCUGAUACUUCCUUGUGUCUAAGCUGGAGGCUUACUCUGAGGAUCUACUGGAAGAGCACCUGACAUCUGGUCAAAGGCUUACCCCUAACUUCCUGGCUCAACUGCACGCCAAAAGAGGGAUUAUGAGCAUUGUACCCUCUAAUUCAGGGUUAAUUUCUUUUCUAUCAAAUCCCAUCACUCUCCCUUGGGAAUUUUACCUGAAUGGGGGUAGCCAGUGCUAUAAUAAAAUCUGUGUAAGCGAAGUGGUAGAAGCUCCUUAGCAGUGAAAAAGAUACUAUGAUAUGAUUUUCAGUGCUCCUUUUGAGCAUUCAGGACACUGCAGUCCUCAAACUUGUCCUUUCUUCCUUUAGAAGCAAAGUUUGGGAACUCCAAAUUAGCCAUAACUGGGCCCUGAUUUCUAGCAAGGAAGAGCACAGUAACAUACCAACUAUAGUGCUUUUAGGGUAUAAGUAAUACAAACACCAGCAUGUUAGAAAAUCUUCUACUAAUACAGAUUUAGCAGGCAUGUUUUAUGCCUGCUUUAUUUUAGAUAAUAGAACUAAUUAGUUGUUUUUAAUCUUUGUAAAUUAUACUGCAAUGGUCUUUAAACAUCUUGAGAGGUGUCCAAAGAUCUCCUAGUUAUUAGGUAGGCAUUUGUGAAUAUUUCUUGGUUUGUUAUGCUGAAGUUUAUGCAGUUUGAAACAGAGAUUCUGGAGAUUCUCAACAAGAGAUGCUGAAGAUGCAUCAUGAAGGUGAAAGGUACCAAUUAAAUAUUGCUGAGCCAUCAGCAGUGGCACACAGGUGGAACCCAAAGCAGCUGGUUGAUUUAGGAAUGAUUUCAGAAUGA